GAGGACAUGACGAGUGCUGCUGCAUUAGAUAGACAAGACAAGAGAUUCUCCCUACUAUUGCCAUGACAGACCCUAAUUUUCCUCCCAAUCUAGACAUAAAGCCACUUCUUCUCUCCCACGACCACCCUCAUGGCCAGAUCCAAUCUGAAAACCAAACAAACGCUAUCGCCGCCUACGGUAUCGCCGGCCGAGUCUGGGAAGCAACGAAACCUUUGCUCGAUUACUUUACGCCGUCACAGGCAUAUGAACCGCCGUGUUCUCUCUUCGCUUCCUGUGGACCGCAUUGUGUAGUUGAACUUGGCUCUGGCCAAUCGGUUGCUUCCUUGCACCUCGCUGCACACUUGGCUCCGCAAGACACCAUAGUAUUGACGGAUCUUCCAGCUGUUAUACCCCUCUGCGAAAAGUGUAUAGACUCAUGGCGGCCGCCAAAAUGCCACGCUAAGGUUGUUGCUCGCCCGUUGGCUUGGGGACAAAACACUUCUCAUCUUCGUGAGGAGUUUGGUCUGAUCUCUCACAUUCUCAUGUGUGACCUUAUAUAUUUUCCACAUUUGUAUCCCUUGCUAUUACAUACUCUAUUGAGUCUGACUGAGCCUUCGAGCGUGGCCGAUGUGGAGGACGAAACCUUCGGGCCGGAAGUGAUAUUAUCAUAUACCACAAGAACCCUUGCCCUAGAAGAAUCUUUCUUUGAUGCCCUUGCUUAUUACUUCAAAACGACGCCGGUGCGGGGUGGUACGUGGGAAGCCAAAGUGUUCAUAGGUAAACGCUGGAAAGUGACAAAAGAUUGGUCAUUACCGGACAUAAAAGACGUAAUGAAUGGGAGUAAAGAAGUUAUUAGAGGGAGAAGCUACGGGUUGAUCGACGAAUUAUUUGGAACUUUGGAUUGGUGAAGGUAUCAUUAUGCAGGGCAUAUUCAAGUGGUAUUUCUUGUGGCAAUAUAUCACACACCUUUCCUGGCUGUUGUUGACUCGGACCGUCACGCUGUGGCGAGAAUUAAUGAAGUCUUGCACGCGAUGAAAAGACGUAACUUACUUCAUUUUCGGGCGCUGCGCUGAAUACAUUGAAGAACCUUCUUCCUCCUGGAGAUACCUCCAGAAUACUCGCCAUAUUACCGCACCUAUCCACGUAAGGAACAAAUAUAUGAAUCAAUGUGAGACUUACCUAUAACAGUAAUUUGGGGCACUCCAAACAGUGCUGAGUUGAUCAUUAUAAAGUACAGAAUAUCCUUCCAUACAGAGCUGGUGGGCGCGCAGUACAUGGUUCAUAUUAUUGAGAUGAAGGAAUUUUUUGACAAUGGAGGCGCCGAAAGUAUAGCCAGCCCCCCUGGUUCAUUGUUAGCU